AUGCCGACUGCCCAUAAUGAUGCGGAGAGGAAGGCAGCCAGAGGGACGGAACUGGCAAGAACGCGGCAGCUGGCAGACCUUUCGGAAGAGAUGAUCAUGGAAAUCCUGCUGAGGCUUCCAACAAGGACGCUUCUUUCCCUAAAGAGCGUGUGCACUUCAUGGAGAAACCUAAUUUCCGCCCCUGACUUCACCCGCAACCACCUUCAUCGUUCAUGCUCAUGUGAUCCAAGCUUGACUCCGCCGCGGAUUGCUUAUUACCCUCACAAUGGUGGUUGGAAUAGAGAGAUCAAAUUUUUCUCCGUGCACUCAAUGAUGGACAAUCCUUCUGAACCUACUAAAGUCGCUCGCUUCAGUAGGGGAUGCGACUACAGAGUCGUUGGUUCUUACCAUGGAUUGUUAUGCUUCUUUGGUAGUUAUGCUAACGACGACAUGCAUGCUAUCUUGUGGAACCCCUGUACCGGAUUCAUAUUCGAAUCGCCGCAAAUCCGCGGUGAAGCCUGCUUUUCUGGCUUUGGUUACGACCAUCUCAGUGACACCAUUAAAUUUUUUGCAAUCACAAGGAAGAGAGUGCUAUCUGGUGUUGAAUCUAGUGCCAGAAUUUAUACAUUUGGACCAACUUCGUCUUGGAGAAGAAUUGAUGAUAUCCCAUCUACCCUACUCAGUGACCCACAACCUUACGAACCUCGUAAGAUAGGGGUAUUUUUUAAUAGUAGCAAAGUAUGCACUAUUAAUUGGGAUGUUUAUGAUGAGGUUUUUUAUUUUGAUAUGGGUAGAGAGACUUAUGGUCGUUUUCCCCUACCCGAUAGAGAGUUAGAUGAAGUUGAGCGAAGAUGGAGGGUACCCACCUGCGACAACUUAUGUGUCUUGAGAAACUGUCUUUCCGUUUGUUAUGAGCAUAUGAAAACACAAAGCUGGAUUGUGUGGCAGAUGAAGGAAUACGGAGAAGCACAAUCUUGGACUAAAUUGGUAACCAUUCCCUUUCAUCCGCAACUGCGUUAUUUAAAUAGAGCUCUUACUUUACAACCUCUCUACAUCUCAGAAAGUGAUGUGCUUUUGGCCAUUUCUCCAUUUUUCACAAUAGUUCUCUGUAACUUAAACGAUGGCAGCAUAAAUUUUCCUGUGAUUGGUAGAUCUUUUUCUCAAAGUAUAGAUUGUUAUAAGAUAGCUUUUAUCUACCAUGAAAGCUUAGUUUCACCAAAUGGUCUUCAAAGCAACUCAUCCAAAUUGCUGCUGCGCUUAGUCAAACCCAAGCCUGUUGACUCUUAG